AUGCUGGACUUCGAAAGGCAAGGCUCACAGCAGCAACAGCGACAGCAACAGCAACCACUACCCCCACCACAACUCCCCCAGCAACAGUAUGGGAUCCCACCGGGGGAUAACGAGGGUGUAGACUUGCAGGGGGACAAAAAACUGCUAAACGCAUAUAUAUACGACUUCCUAUUGAAAUCGUCUUUGAAUAAAACAGCUUUGGCGUUUUGUGAGGAUGCCAUUAUUGAAGAGAAUGGAUAUAGGCCAGUGAGGACCACGGCGGACGCUUCCGUCCCGCCAAGUUUUAUACCAAUGCAUAACGCACCUUACAGUUAUCUGUUUGAAUGGUGGCAGGUAUUUUGGGACCUAUUUAAUAUCAAGUCCGGCAGGGAAGGAUCUGUUCUUGCGCAAGAGUAUUACAAGAUAUUGCUGACGCAGAGGCAGCAGCAACAGAUGUUCAGGAACAUGCAGAUUACAGCAGCACGGCAGCAGUAUCUGAAGAAACAGCAGCAACAUGAAGCACUGAAGCAGAAUGUUUCGCAGAGGACAGCUUCGCAACAAACAAACACAUCGGAGAUUUGCCCAGGGAUGAACAUGAAUCUUCCAAUUGGUAUUGAUAAUUUUAAGCUAAAUUUGGCACCACAGGGACCACCAGGCCCACAGGGACCACCAGGCCCACCAGGCCCACCGGGACCACCGGGAGCACAACUGCAACAAGGUAUGGUACACCCUCAACCACCAUUGCCAAAUACCCAAUUCUCCCAACGCUUUUGGCAACCUAUGUAUCCAAUGUCUUCACCGGCAGUCGAUGAACACCCAACGUUAUCCCAUCAACAUCAACAUCAACAGAACCAAUACCCAUUGCCACAGUCGCUACCAGCACAGCAACAGGGGAACCAGCAUUUACAGAACCACCUGUACCAUGGGGCUACAAACGGCCCAGAUACCGCGGCACUGCUUUCAAACACCGUACCAUCCAACCCAGACGAUUUCCUCAUACUGGGGGACUCCAACGUAAACGAUAAAAUAAACGCUUUCCCAAUGAACAGCAAUGCCACCAAUGGUGGCGCAAAACCUCAAGAACGUGCUAGAAGUGGCAGCAAAUCCAAGCAGUCAUUGAACAGCAAGACUAAGAAUAGGCAAAGUGUUAGUUCAGCUGCAUCGAAGAAGAGAAAGAUUACACCAGCUGCACAGAUGGCGUCCCCUCGAUACGCUACAGACAUGGAUAAGUCGUUCCCGCAAAAUAGUACACCGACCGCCACCAGCAUAUCGAGCUCCGCCAAAAACCCAGGGAAAAAUGUUACUACACCCAUAGGCAUCAAUAACGAAUACCUCGCGAAACUAGGGAAAAAGGAUAUGCUACCGCCUUCUUCUACAGGUGUAUCACCUAUGGUUAUCAAUUCUCCAGAUUACAAACCGAAGAAGACACAUUUGAACGAAACAGCAUCAUCUGAAUCACCGAAAGGAUGCGUAAGACGGAAAUCAACCACAGCCAUCGGAAGUAAGCUGGGGAAAUAUAAUCCUGACAAGAGCGAAAGAUCGAACAUUCAAGAAUCCAAUUCAGAACCAGUGACACCAUUAUAUCCAACACCUUCACAAUCAAAGUCGCAGCGGCAAACAAUGCCAAGCUCACAACUCUCCACGGCGCACGAAACAAAUAGUCUCAAAAAUAGAAACAUGCUCCCAGCAUCACCGGAGCCAGCGGCAAACAUGGGAAGGAAAACGUGGAUGGAACCAGCGAAUUCGAACUCUAUCGCUGCGAACUACAAUAACACUAACACUAACCAAGAAAAACCGGAAUCAUAUAUGAACGACACCAACCCUGCUCAAUACAAAAUGGGCAAGACGAAUGAGGAGGCGACAGCGGCGUUUGACCCUCUGGGUGACCCUAUGCCAAAUGGAUAUCGAUUUUCGGAUGAGCUGACAGACGAUAUGCUGUUUCUCAACACUUUCAUCGACCCAACUCCAGCGGAUUUGGGUAACGUCAGCUCAGGACCGAACAACGAGGCUAAUAUUCUAAACCUCGGCGCAUUGGACGAUACAGUCGAGGAAAAACCGCAUUUCAACAAUCCAAAGUGGCAGUAA